UAAGAUUGUGUGAAAACGAGUGUUUUUUGUUUUUAAACCACGCGCUCAAUAAGAAGUUGCACUGUACGCUGUAUGAAGUAUAUUUACAGACAGAUCACCAGUACUAUACAGUCUCGUUAUGGAAUCUGAUAAUGCUUUCAGUGCUCCGGUGCCUGUGCUGGACUGUCGGAGGCGGAGCUCGGCUGUGUGCCGGCUGGGUUAGCCUAUAAGCUAAUGGCUAUGUUGUUGCUGCAGGCCAGCUGGCUGGUUUUAAUGUUGUUUUUGUAAUAAUAAUCACAGCAUGUCUUUAACUGUAGAAGAAGCAGACAUCGAGCUGGUGUUCAGGAGGAGGAUCUGGGAUUAUGGAACUUAUUUUGGUUGUUAAAAUCCAACCGCGUGGUUGAAUCUGCCCUCCUUUGAAUUCAGAGGUGAGACGCGCCCACAAUGAAAACCUGUGAAUACCAGCAAAUCGACCCGCGAGCACUCGGGACCCCGGCGUCCACACCAGCCUCCACACUGCCUCUCCAGAGAAAAGAGCUUCCUCAGCCCAGGAGGAAAUGGGAAGUUUUUCCCGGGAAAAACCGCUUCUACUGUGACGGCCGCAUCAUCGUGUCCCGCCAAUGCGGUGUCCUGCCACUGACCCUCAGCCUUAUCGUCCUCACCACUACCUUAUUCUUUAUAUUUGAUUGCCCUUUCCUGGUGGCUCACCUCACCAUCUGCAUCCCAGUGAUUGCCGGAGUGCUUUUUCUUUUUGUGAUCAUCACCCUUCUUCGCACAAGUUUUACAGACCCAGGGAUCUUACCCAGGGCUUUUCCAGAGGAGGCUGCUGACAUUGAGCGCCAAAUAGAUAAUUGUGGGUCAGCUACGUAUCGUCCUCCACCUCGGACUAAAGAGAUCCUUAUAAAUGGGCAGUUAGUCAAACUUAAAUACUGUUUUACCUGCAAGAUGUUCCGUCCACCCCGUACUUCACACUGUAGUUUGUGUGACAACUGUGUAGAGCGCUUUGACCACCACUGCCCAUGGGUGGGGAACUGUGUAGGAAAGCGCAACUACCGCUUUUUCUAUACUUUCAUAAUCUCCUUAUCCUUUCUUAGCUCCUUCAUUUUUGGCUCUGUGAUCACACACCUCACUUUACGAUCACAAGGCGGGAAAGGCUUUGUACAGGCGUUACGAGAGAGUCCAGCCAGUGUUGUGGAACUGGUUAUUUGUUUCUUCUCCAUCUGGUCUAUCCUGGGUCUGUCUGGCUUCCAUACCUACUUGGUGGCUUCCAACCUUACAACUAAUGAAGAUAUUAAGGGAUCUUGGUCAAGCAAAAGAGGUGUGGAAGAAUUGGGGAACCCUUACAGCUAUAACAGCAUCUUCACUAACUGCUGUGCUGUGCUAUGUGGUCCAAUGGCUCCCAGCUUGAUUGAUAGAAGAGGGUUUUUGCCUCCAGACGUCAUCCCUCAAACAGUCACAUCUGAAACUGAGCUCCAUCCUUUUAUGACAAAGCACGACACUAACAUGUACAAACAGGCUGCCAAGGAGCUUUUGGAGUCAGUUUCUCAAUGCUCAGUCAUCAAGGGAAGCUGCAGCUGUGCCACACCUAAUACAACUCCAGUGAUUGAGGAGAAUUCGCUAAAUACCUUCUCAAGCACUCCUAAAUCACCAACUGGUAGACCUUCUGCCAUUUUCCUUGGAAGACCGGAACACGAUCUGAUGGACAAGACCUGCCCUCAAAAAUCUAGCACUGGAUGCUCAUAUGCUUAGCUUGCAUCUUUCAAUCUAUUCUGUUAGCCAUAGACCUCUCAUUCUUAAAGAUGCUUCUGAUAUGGGCAUUUCCCCUCUGACCUGACCUCAUGGGUCAUGCAGUCUUUAAACAGUGAAAAAUGCCCAAAAGACUUAAGAUUUAUUUGACACAUGUGUAAACAGAAGAUUGAUUUAGGGUUAGUUCUGGUUCUGUCUUUCAUCAGCAGAAUGGGAAUAGAGGCAAGCACAUUACAUGUUUGACAAGAAGGGGUCAUUUCCUGUUCUCUCCACACUGCAUACAGCUGUGUUUGGUGUUCCACUAAGCCUUGAGCCAUAUUUAAGAUUUUCCCAUUGACUUGUAUUUAUAACAGUGACUUUUGUUUAAAGGGGAGUCUCCUGACAUGUGCAGCCCAAACGGAUCUCAACUAUAUGGCUAUUGUGGGCUAUGAAACAAGUAUUCAAGUUUUGUUUGAAAUUACUUUGAGUGUUCAAACGCUCAGACUUAUUGUCGAAGAGGUAAAGGCUACUUAUGUGUGUGUUGAUGGUAAUUUAAGGGUCAAUUGUUUUAAGCUAUGAGUUGAAAUGACUAGGAAAUGUAAUUCGAAACUCCAACAGCACUGGAGUUGUUGCACAAACAGAUUGUAACUUCUCCAAUAAUAAAAUAUAUUUAGUAAGUUGAAGAGAAAUUUGAGAUACCUUUAUUUAGAAGGUAUAUUAAUUAAGCACACAUUUGCACCAUGUGUUACGUUCAAUUUGCAAACUGUUUUCUUGGUCCUAGACUCUGUAAAAAAAGAAAAGAAAAAAAAAGGCCAUUUUCUUUUUUCUGUUUUUAAAUCCUGCACAGUACAGUGUAUUGAUUGUAUACAGGUAUUGUGAAACUGUCCUAGAAAACUUGGAUUUCAUUUAAAAACCAUGUUAAUGUUAAAUUAUAAUAGGUGUGCGUGUGUGUGGUAGUGUGUCUUUAUUGUUCAUUCUACAUGUAAACAAAAUAUUCAUCAAAUGUGUAGAUGUGUACUCUGAAGACAUGCAGUGCACGCAUUUAAGCACCAUAGACCAUAGUUUUAUUUGUGGUUGAACGGAGUAUAAUGUUUUGUUGUAUGGCUUUAUCUAUUGGUUAGUAGAUAUUUUGUUAUCCCUAAACCAGUAGUAUGUUGAUUUAACAAGAGGCAGACAAUAAUAUUAGACAAUGCAUUAGCAUCAGGAAUGAGCUAAUAACUAUUGUCUUUAAGUUUUUGGAAUUCUCUGUGAGUUUAUUAUACUGAAAGAAUUAAUUGUAGCAGAGAUUGGCAAUGAUAAACUGAAACUAAAGCUAACAGCUUGAAUGCUUUCACAGAAAUGAAACCUACUUAAAUGUGAGCAUGUCAACAUUGGGGGGGGGUCAAAAAAACACUAUUACUGUCAAUUUUGAGAAUCUAACACGUGACUGAAACUGGGAUGGUGGAAAUUGUUUUUACAUAUAUAGGCCGGUAUUGUUUUUAUUAUUAUUAUUAUUAAAUUUUAAUUCCAUCAAAGAGAAGUAACUAUGCAAGUGUGCAUCGCCAGUGCUGUAAAAAGUGAUCAAUUAAUAUUGAUGGCACAUGCAAGAAUAAAAAAAAAAAGGUCUCCAAAAAUAAAUAAAAAUGUCUAAAUAAAAAUACUAUGGAAGAAUUAAGCAAUAAUACAGUAAACAAAUGUAGUAGUUAAAUUGGUUCUAGAAAACUGGUUGCCAACACUAGAUGGCAUAUUAUUCUUCAGUUAUACAAGUUCCCUCAUGGUCAUGCCCUGUCCAGAGUAGCAUGUCCUAAGCUCAGACCUAGUGAGCUCAUUGUCAAGGCCCUGGUGAAUGAUCUCAUGCCUCAGUGACCAUAAUUCAUCUUAUUAAAACUUUGAUGAAAUGAGUGAGAGAGCAGCAAAAACAAGCUGUGCUGUUUUUUAAGGUAAAUAUCUACCCUCUAAAGUAACAGCCUUACCAACAAGAGCAAACUGGUUCCUGUCUGGCUUUCAAAAGUGAAAUGUUUAAAUAGUAUUUAUUACUAUUUCUAUUUUUUGUUGGUCUGCUUUUUGUACGUUUUAAUAAAACCAGAAA